AGCUGGGGCAUUCCAAGAAACUGAGGCAGCCAGAAGACCUACACUUCAAACUCCGACUGUUGCGAUCAAGYCAAAGAUUUCAGACAUGUUUUCAGAAUAACAGGCAUCAGUUUAUUGAAGGGAUAGUAAACGGACCCCCAGAGGAGAGAGUUCUCAAGAGAGGAAAGGAAGGGACAGUGUUCCCAGAGAAGUUGUCCUACCCAGGUCCACCUCUCCACUUUACAGCAAGAGAACAGUUUUAAGUCAAAACAGAAGUGAUGGAUAAAUCAGGAAUGGAUUCCCUUGACUAUCUGGUGUCUGAUGCAGCUGUGGAAGUUGAAAACCAAAGUGAUGACUCCUCAUCUGGUAGCAGCUUAUUUAAAACCCAGUGUGUUACUUCCCCACCUAAAAGAAGCCAAAGAAACCCCACUAGAAAAUUUGUUCAUUCACCUGAAAGUGUUACAGAUUCAUCAAGUGAUUCAUCUAUAGAACCAAAACCAUUGAGUUUAAAAGCUAUUUUUGAAAGAUUUAAGAAAAAGAAACGAAGAAAGAGGAAGAGAAAGUACAAGCCAAAAUUAAGAACAAAGGAAAAGCCAGAAGGAAGAAGAAAAACCAAGAGGUCACAAAUAGAUAAGAAACAAAUUAAAAACAAAGGAUCUAGACUCCCAUUUUUACAAUCUGAGAAUGAAAGAAAACCAUUACCUUGGAGAAAAAUUUUAGCCUUUGAGCAAGCUGUUGCAAGAGGAUUUUUUAACUACAUUGAAAAAUUGAAGUAUGAACACCACCUUAAGGAAUCCUUGAAGCAAAUGAAUGUUAGUGAAGAUUUGGAAAAAGAAGAUCUUGAUAGUCGUAGAUACAAAUAUUUGGAUGAUGAUGGAUCAAUUUCUCCUAUUGAAGAGUCUGUAGCAGAUGAGGAGACUGCACAUCUUGAACAUGAAUGUGAUAUCAAGUUGGUAGAGGAUAGUUGUUUUAUAGUAAGUUCUGACUUCCCAAAGAAGACAAACAUAUAUCUAGAGCAUGAGAAUAAUAAUAAAGAAACCACUUUUUCUAAAAAGCGAGCUUCUAAUGCCAAAAAUAUUGGACAGAAUACAGAGUGCCCUUAAAGGAGAUGAAGUCAAAGCAGGCUGUCUUUUCAGAAAAUGAUGCAUUGGUUUGAAGAUAUUUUAACUGGUAUAUAGGCAUAUUCCACAUUUGCAGUACUGAGUGUGAUAAUAGGAGUGAAUAUGAUUUGAACUUGGUGAUUUUUAUGUUAGAGAAGUGUCAACACCUGAGAACCAAGCAGAUCCAUCUAUAUCCCAAAGUAUAAGGCUUUGUUGAUAUUGCUUCUGCUGUUUGUUUUCUCCUAUUUGGAUCCUAAAGUCAAAUUACUUGAAGAAAUUAAAUCCUGAAUAACUUAGGUGGAGAAUUGUGAAAUCAUCUGGC